AACGAAGCUCAGUUGUAUUUAAGCCAUCUCGAAGGGGGAUUGAAAGUCACUUGUAUUAUGGCGUCCUGGCAUUUUGGGCUUCUGCUGGCUCUAGUCAUAAUAAAUGAUUUAAUUCCUGCAAAUCAAGGACUGGAUAUUCCGCCAAUGAUUAUAAAACAAGUGAAGAAACUGCGAAUGCGAUGCUUAAAUCAGACAGGAGCUUCUGUAGAAAUCAUGGACCAGUCUAUAAGGGACAAGGUGUUACCCAGAGAUCCAGAAAUUAAAUGCUUUCUGCACUGCAUGUUUGACAUGUUCGGAUUGAUUGACUCACAGAACGUUAUGCAUUUGGAAUCACUCUUGGAAGUUUUACCAGAGGAAAUACACCAAACAAUUAUUGGAUUAGUUGGUGCUUGUGGCACAAAGAAGGGAAAAGAUGGAUGUGAGACCGCUUACGAAACCGUCAAGUGCUACAUCGAUGUAAACGGUAAAUUUAUAUUUGACGAGAUAAUAGUGCUCCUUGGGUAG